UAUCAGGCCUUGCUGGCAUUGGCCGAGAGCUUAGGCUCAGUAAAUUCUGGCCUGACCCCCUGUGAGGCUGGCAUGCUGCCAAGUCAGAUGUGUACAGCGCAGUCAACCCCCAGUGGGGCCUGCAAUAUUUGCCUGUGUGACUACUCCGUGGGGGAUGAAAUAAGCACUCUACCCUGUGUCCAUGCAUUCCAUAAAAAUUGUAUUGGCAAAUGGCUAGAGGUGAGUUGGUAGUUGUCUAACAUAUUUAAAUUAUUCAAAGUUAUUUUCUGCUUGUUUGAUUGAAUCAUUAAAAAAAGUAAUAUAUUUUACCUACUAUUUUAUCAUUGGCUCUAUUACCAGUAACGGUAGCUGACAAUUUUUUUAGCUAAUUAUUACACUAUUUCUUCAGCUUUCCAUUUUUAGCUUGUUUUAAAGGUUCCCAAUUUUCUCUUGAAGUUGUGUGUGAAGUCAGUGCAGACAUUAAAUUAGUUUAGAGUGUGCACUUAACAUUUCUUAACUUUUAUGAAUUAUAAUUACAUAUUUCUAAUAAUUGACUGACUGCAUUCAAGCUGUGUAAAUGACGUAUAAGAACAAGGUAUGUUAAACUUGAAUUAACAGACAGGACAAAAGAUUUGGACGUUUCGGCUUAGAGCAGCUGUUCUCAACCUGUGUGUCGCGACCCCUUUGGGGGUCGCGGGACCCUUUUCCAGGGGUCGCCUAAGACCAUCUGAAAACAUAUAUCCUUACAGCUAUGAAGUAGCAACGAAAAUAAUUGUGUGGCUGGGGGGUCGCCAUGACACGAGAAACUGUAUUAAGGGGUCGCGGCACUAGAAAGGUUGAGAACCACUGGCUUAGAGCCUUCAUCCGCAAACCAAACAAACAGAACAAGUAACAGAGCACAGUAAACCUCCAACGUUUUUUUACUGUGCUCUGUUACUUGUUUUACUUCUAUUGCAGUAAGGGACAUAUAGACUUGCCGGGGAUGUGAACCUCUACCUCAUGUCGUCGGCAAGCUUCUCCUGUGUCUUACUGACUGUGCCUCCCUCCCGUUUAUGUUGGAAUAGGCAACUUAACUAAUAUCUCAAUACAGUAUUUACAUUUUUUUAUUUUUUUAAAAAUCUUCUUUUCUUUACAGCAAAGUGCCACUUGUCCAGUCUGCAGAUCAGAUGUCAAAAUUACACAUAAUUAGUAAUUAUCAUUCAUUGCCUAUUUUCCAUUAGCUCAUUUGUUAUUUUAAUCUUUGACUGGACUUUUCACUUAAGUUGAGUUGUAUUAUUUUAAUCUUUGACUGGACUUUUCACUUAAGUUGAGUUGUAUUAUUUUAAGCUUGGUGAUUUUCUUAUUUCAAAUGCCAUAUUUUUAUUAAAUAUUAACUAACUUGUAUUAUGUAUGAUUAUUGUAAUGAAAUAUUAGAGAACGACCAACUGGUAUUGUUAUGGUUAUUAUUAUAUUGAAGUUUUCAAAAACUUCUUGAUGUCGGGUGAAAUAGAAAUUGAUGAACUCUAGGACCGAAAUUGAUGAACUCUAAGACUGGGCUCAAACUGCAGGAAAAUUGCAUUAUUUGGCACGUAUCAUUUUAAAUGUGUCACCCAGACCUAGGAGACAGAAAAUAUUUUUGUUUUUUUACUCCCAUCGUUUUGAAUACAUUCCGGAUAAUUAGUUAAGAUGAUGUCUUGCAUACCACCAUGGUUUUUUUGCAUCGUUUUCUCACAGUACCUUUCGUUGGUUCAACCUCAAGUGUUCCUUCACCUGUUCACCAUAACGGUAAUACAGAAUGCAAUAUAUUGUAUAUAUGUUUUAUAAGCAUAUUUAUUUAUUUUUUUUUUCAAAUGAAAUGUCCACUUUUGGAUGAGCCAUUUUACAAAUGUCUUUUAAUGACACCACUAUUAGACAUGGGCUCAGUUUUUUUUUUAAAACUAUUUUUUUAAUAGGAUCUGAAAAUGAUAUUUUGCCGUUGUUUGUAGAGGCCUUAUUUAACUGACACUGUCAGUUCAUGCAAUCGUUAGCUUUUGUUUGUUCGACAAGAUUUCAGUGCUUUCCAAAGUGGCGGCCUGCGGGUCUGUAAAGUUGGCUCAAAUUUAAGAGAAAAGAAGAGGAAGAAAAACAAAUUGUUAAUAGAGAGAGUGAUAGAUAAAUUCCUGUCAGGCAGCCAUGUUGAAAAGUUUGGAAAGCCUCGGUGUAGUGUAUCGUCCACAGUUUGAGUCUCAUAUACAAGACCAGCAAUAUUCCACUCAUUUUUAUAACACUAUGCAAUUCUUUGACCAGAAUUCAAACUACAUAAACACCUUUGGAUAAUAACUUUACAAUAAUAACAGGUUAUACCUCAGUCUCCACUGGUGCUUUCAUAUUAAAAUAUCUUUCUAGCAUAAAAUCCCAGUUGAGUCAUACAAUUUUGUCAUGUGAUUCUGGGACAAUGUACAUCACCAAAUGAUUUUUUUGUGUGUGCAAAAUGCUUGUAAUUUUAAUGUUUAUAACCAAAAUGAAAUUUUCAGUGAAUUCCAUUGAUGUUCGUUAUCUGCUUAAAAAAUGUACUCAUGAACCAACAUUACAUUUUAAUGCAUAACCAAAAAAUUACUAUGCUGGUUUGAAUAUCAUUUUACCUUUAUU